AGGUAACAACGCAAGUGAGCAUCGCAAAGUAAGUAGCCAGCAGCAAAUUCUCGGCAUCGCCCGUUUCCAAAAUAACGGUAUUGUAAUUCACGGUAAGUUUAAAAUAUUAACGCAAAUCACACCCAACAACAAAAACGUAUAGAAAAUAUGACAAUAUCCUCCAUAAGUGAGUGCAAAACGAAAUUAUAGUUGUAAAGGAUAGUAUUUGUCAAGCCAUGACAGUGUAAAUUGAAGUGCUUUUAGACUUAUUUUUGACGUUAAAUCUAAACCAAUUUGUGAAGUGGUCGCAAGCAAAACCCGCCUGGGAGUGAAGAAGUGGAAUAAGUGUUUGCCGGGUCAACAUAGUCUGUCAAAAUGCGUGAAUAUAAAAUUGUUGUGUUAGGAUCUGGAGGUGUAGGAAAAUCUGCAUUAACAGUGCAAUUUGUACAAGGAAUUUUUGUAGAAAAAUAUGACCCUACAAUAGAAGAUAGUUAUAGGAAACAAGUAGAAGUUGAUGGGCAACAAUGUAUGUUGGAAAUUUUAGAUACAGCAGGCACAGAACAAUUUACAGCAAUGAGAGAUUUAUAUAUGAAAAAUGGGCAAGGGUUUGUUCUGGUUUAUUCAAUAACAGCACAAUCAACAUUUAAUGAUCUUCAGGAUCUUCGAGAGCAAAUUCUACGGGUCAAGGAUACUGAUGAUGUCCCUAUGGUAUUAGUGGGUAACAAGUGUGAUUUGGAAGAAGAACGAGUAGUAGGAAAAGAACAAGGAAUCAGCCUUGCACGGCAGUUCAGCUGUGCCUUUAUGGAAACCUCUGCCAAAGCAAAAAUAAAUGUUAAUGAUAUAUUUUAUGACCUAGUUCGACAAACCAAUAAAAAGUCUCCAGAGAAGAAGCAGAAACAGAAAAAGAAAUCAAUUUGUGUGCUUCUGUAAUUUAUAUUGUCACUUGGAACCAAAAAGUACAUUUAAAGAUUUCAAGACUAUUGUUAGACAAAGUGUAAAGGCGAGGAGGCAAGUGCGGACUUAAAGUCUCUUGCGGUGAAGUUUUUUUAAAGCACUGUAUAUCAUUCAUUUAAAUUUUAAUUUAAGUAUUUGUAAUAAAUAAAGUUGUCAGUUAAUUUUUCCACAGUCAAGGUUGUUAUUAUAUCUAGAUGCAAUUAGUGAUAGAGUAUUUUGAAAUACUGCCAAUAAUAUGGUGUCAAAUAGGGAUAGGAAUUUUGUGAAUUAGUGGUACUUGCUACUCCUGAUUCAAGACUAUCUACAGGACAAUACUUCACCCAACAUAACCCAUAGUCCUAGGAAUUUUGCAUAGCCAGGAAAAAGUAAGCAGUAUAUGUCUUUUGCCAUGGCUAUCACUACAUCAUUUUAAAUAAUUUUCUUAAGUUCACCAUUUAUUGUUCGGUGUAUAACUGGAUGUAGUAGUAUCCUGUGGCAAGAUGUGAUAAUAAUCCUUAUGGUGCUUAUCUAAUAGACAGUGAUGUCCUUGAUGAGAGUAGUACACAUCAGAAACAUACAGUUUUUUAAUGUUCAAAAAUUAUAAGAUGCUAAGAACUGAUAAUUUUUUAAUAAGGACUGUAUAUACUUAAAUAAAUACCAGCAUUUGUUGAAGUAAGUGUUUCUCUUAUUACAUAUGAUGGAUUUAAAUAUUUUAUCACUAACCAGUGGUUUCCAUGUCAAAAUAAAAUUCAAGUGCAUUUAGAGUAGAAAUAAAUCGAUGUUCACACUUUUAUUAUUUAGAAAUUUAAGUGUUGCGAAAUUUUCUCAGGAAUUCACAAUAAUUUCCUAAAAAUAUUUUAAAAUAUAAAUUAAAUUAUAAUUGGUAGUUUAUUUACAAAAAAAAAAAAAAAACUGCACCGAUAUGAACUAACUAUGAAUAAAAAUGGUGUAAACAAAUAUUCCAUGAAUAAUGUUACAAAACACUGUUUUAAGGUAAUUGAGAGCAAUAAUUUGAUAAUAUUAAAAAGAAUUAGAAAGAAUAAUGAGUAAAUUGCCCCAUUAGAUAAUGUAUGUUUAUCGAAUCUCUUCUAGUGACAUCACUUCUAAUAGUUGGCACUUGAAUUUUGAGUCGUUGGUAGUAUCAAACCUUGUAAUGUAGCACUCACAACUUUAUAUUAUUAUCUAGGAGAAAUUUAUAAUUCCUUUAUUGUAUUAGCGUUUAAAAUUGAAAAUUGUGAUAAAUCUUAAAUUACAUUACACAAGACUUCAUUAUAACUGUGAGGCAUGCUGUUCAUAAAAUCUAUUAACUUAUUUUUUAUUUUGUAUAUUGUGCAUAUUUUCAGUAUCGGUAAUAUUAUAUAUGAAUCUUGUUUAAUGUAUUUUAAGUCGUAGCUUAUAUCAUGUGUGGUACAGCUAAAAUGUCAAAUUGCUUUCAACACAGGAAAAAGCCAAGAGGACCAAUCUCUGUUUAAAUGUUUUUUUUUUUUUCUUUUAACUCGAUCUGUAACAUACUAUUUUCAAAAUUCUUUUCUACUGCUCUGUAUCACAAUACUGAUUAUUCCCCAAAUUUAGCCCACAACAUACAAAACGUCUUGUAUAUCGAAAUACACAUUUUAAAUUUGCUUAUUUUUUUUUUUUUUAUAAUCGCACUGCCUACCCAGGUAAGAAUUUUUCAAAGAACUGUUUCCUUUUUCGGUACAGUACUUUUGAGACAUUAACAUUUGCGUCUUUUUUCUUCCUUAUGCUUAAAUUUAUGAUAAGGUAUCUGCUAAAUGAAUUUUAAAUAGCCAGCGCCCUAAAAUUCAGUUUAUCGUUUUGUUUUUUUUUUGUAUUCAACUGUAGAAUACCAGGGCAUUUUAGGUGUAUCGGAGUAAUAUACGUGGAGGAAAUUGCUCUUUUUUCGCACCUGCCUUUUGCACAGAAGCGGUACCAAAUAAGCACAUAAGCAUUACAAUUCCGCUUGCCAGCAAAUUAUGUUAAAUAUAGUUAAUAUAUAUUAUAUAUUUUGUAUUUCACUGGGUACUUUUUUAGAAUUCAAUCACAAAUAUAUGUGUCAGUUGACAAUUUCUUCCCAUUAAGCAAUUGAAGAGUUGUAUAAAUCAAUCUUGUUGUUUUUUAAUAUAAAUGUAUGUUGAAUGUAUUCUAAUAUUGACGCUAAAUAUAAAUAACCUUCAGUAUAUAAGGUCUUCUUUAUGUGUUCCUUGUUAAUUAUCAUAUAGGCUCACAUCAGUAGGAAUUUUUCUCCAAGCUUGUAAAAUUUAGAAGAAAGAGAUGCUUUUGUUAGACCACAUGUAACUGCGCAUCACAAGUACAGAAAUUUACAUUUGUUAGUGUCGUUGUAUUAUGUAAAUGUCCUACUUUUGCUUAUGAGUCUAUGAUUAUAUUUCCUUUAUUUA